GUAGCAAUUCAUGCGCUUCAUUCAAUCGCAGUUGACAGUUGAACUCCGCUUUUGUUGGUUUGUUUAUGUUUUCGGUUGUUUAUUGGUUACCAUCGGGUCGCGUUGACUAAAUAUUUAUGCAAAUUGUUUGUGGUACUUUCUAUUUUAUUAGACUAUUAUCCGAUUUCCUUCGACGCUUUGUGAAAAGUUCGCGUGCAAAAGAAAAUUUAUUCAGUCACAAUUUUGGCACCCCAAUCAGUGGAAUUGGCACCAGAAUGAAAGGCGUUAAACUCUAUGACGCAAACGCCAGAAAACGUGACAUUGAAGAAUGGAAGUUGGAGACGAAGAAAACGGUAGACAAAUACUUUGACAAAUGGUCCAAAAUUACGUCGAGAUAUGAGCAAUGGACAGCACCUGAAUACUAUAAAAGUGCCAACUCCAAUUUCCAAAAUAGCGAAGAAAAACGCAACAAAACGAUCGCCCUAGAUAGUCGGCGGGAAAAGCUGAAAAAAUUACUGGAUAGUGAAAAGGAGCAAUAUGCAAAGGAAAUUAAAGAAUUAUCAAAACCAAAGUCUCGUGUAUCAACGGAAACGCUGCGGGGAAUCAAAGAGGCAUUCAAGCGAACGGAAGAAGAGCGGAAACGUCUUGAAUUUGAAUCACAACUGUACAAACGAUGGCGACCUGGGUCACGUGAAGAAAACAUUCUACUCAGCUCGAGGAGUAACAAUGAGGCAUUGGCAAAAAUGAAUUGGCUUGAUAAACAGAUCGCUCAACAAGUGGAACGUGAGAAAACUGAGCAACAGCGUGAAAUCGAACGACUACGUCUGCUGGAAGAGUUACGAAAAGACGAUGAACGUUUAAGUGCCAGAAAAGUUUUACGUGACGAAGAAGUAGUUCAGCUGAAGCAAUUCCAAGAGCAACAUUUGGCCGAAUUGAAGCUGCGCGAAGCUGAAACUGAAAAAAUGCGCAAAGACGAAUUUGAAUUACGUGAGUGUGAAAAACAACUGAAGGCCGAACUUGCAAAUUUGAAUUUGCACGUGAAUCAGCGCCACGAACGAAUUAAAGUGUCACAUAAUUUACGGCGCAUAAAAUUGCAAUUGAAAAAUUUGUCCGAAUCAGUGUUAAAGGACUUAUACUACGAUAUUGGUGUGUUGGAACGUUUGUCGUCUUAUUAUCAUACAGAUGAUCAACAAAUUGCUCGAGUACGAGAUAAAUUUGAGAUCGAAUGCGAUUUGGAGGUGCAAAAGCAGCGACACAUCGAAGCCAUGUACGAGUCGGAAGCAAAAGUGUAUGUGAUGAGGCAACAAGAGAUUUGGUUAAAAGAGUCUCAAGAGCGGGAGAGAAUUCUACGGGAAAUGGUUGACGAUCAGCUUCAUCAGAUCAACAAUGAAAUCGACUACAUUAUCACCAGACAACGUGAGCUUGGCGAUCUUCGUGAUAGUAUUCGUCGUUCGAUUGACAGUGCAAAUGAUCGCAUAAAAAAUCUGCUCGGUGCCAACAGCACUGACGAUGAGCAACGAAUCAAAAGUGCUGAAAACAUUCGACAAUCAAUUACACCAGUAUUAAGCAAUCCGAACACAGCCCGAGAAGAUACCCACAGUGAAAUCUGCUUACCCGAUCUAUUCUCGAAGACGAUGAGCAUCUCCGAUAGCAUUGAUUCCCCGGUUUCUUCAGGUAGACCACGAUUUGGUCGCAAAAGAGUCGCUUGGACCUAAAAGAAUACCCAGAAAUGCAAAAAAAUUCUCUACAAUCAAAAAAAAGAAAAAGAUUCACCCAUUUUUGUAAUUGACAUUUUGCCAUUUUAAUUAAAAAAAUAUUAAAUACACUUGUACAAAAAUGCAUUGUGAUUUUGUUGUUGUUGCUGUGAGAAUUGUUUGCGCUACAAAUUGUUAUCGGUCUGCAUAUUUGUUUUCAUUGAUUUAUUUCUUCUUUUUUUUCUCUCGAUAAAGCACUGUGUUGCUCGUAACUAUUGCUCAAUUUCAAACCUGAAUGAAUUCUAUACAUGUUCCGUAAAAAUGUUUUCUCAAUUGUAAUAAACAAUUUUUAUUGGUUUAUAUCAUUUACAUACACGUAGAAAUACAGUAGAAA